AUGACCUUCCCUCCCCCUCACCCUUCCGCCCAAUCGUCGAUUGCUUCUGGCACCGAUAAAUCUUCUUCGACCAGGACUGAUAUUGGUGCCUGGGGUCGGUCCGUGUCGCAGUCCGGCGCACGUCGUGGGUUGACUCCACUCGCGACCAACAUAUCCUCCGCCGCUCCCCCCACGGCUUCCCGGGGCUUGGACGCAGGCCUUGGGGUUUCGACACCAUCUUCUUUCUCUGCAGUGCUGAGCUCUGCUAGGGGUCUCUCCGGUGGAAGUCCCAAACCCACAUCUUCGCCGUUCACAUCCUUGCAAUCUGGCUCGCAACAACACGCAACAACCCUCUCGUCUCCAAAGUUCCGAGCUCACACCCCUUCCAUAGGGUCUCAUUUGGCCUCUGCUACAGGCUCCACCCCGGGUGGAGGAGGUACUGGGGGAGGAGGUGGUGGGCCGGGAUCUACCAGAGGUGUCUUCUCGCCGCUCUCGUCCGGAACAACCGUGAAUUCUCCCACAGGCUUCGCUUCUGACAAGCCGGGUUCUGCAGCUGCCCACUCGAGCCAAUCAUCGCUCACCAAAAUCUCCAUUGCUCAGGUGUUCCUGUUGCUGGAUUCUAUUACAGAGAAAGAAGGCAAAGAGAAGUGGGAAACAAAGGCUGCCCAGAUACACAAGCUUGUGACAUCGAACGGAAUGGAGGUCUUUUCCAAAUACUUUCGCCGCCUCCUAACAGGAAAUGCGCCACAAAUCUUCCCGGGUGUUAACAAGUCCGUCGAGAAUGCGGGCAACUACCCUCUCCUUGUCCAAGAGCUGCAGAAAGUGUCUUCGGACAUGGAGCAGGCUCAGAAAAUCGCUGAAACAGUAGAUACCUCUGAAGGAGAUAUCUUCCGCGACUUCGACCUUUCCACUUUCUUGGAUCAUUUCCGACUCGACCCAAUUGUCAAGGUUGCACUUGCCUUGGCCUUUAAGCUGACUAGCAAGUCAGAUCUUCGUGCUAAAGCCGAUGCCAUCCUCUCGAAUUCCAUUGCCCCUUUCCUGCAGAGCUUGGCGACUCCCACCGACGUGACUAAAGAUUACCACAACUCAUUCCUCGGCAUGACGAUUGAACGUUUCAUCUUAUACCCUCCCCGCAAUUUUACCGACGAUGUCAAGGCGAAGCUGGUUUACGCGGCCAAUCUGCGAUACCAAAAACUUGGCUUGGAUAUGCCAUUCGAAGUUUCAUCUGCCCUACAGAUGUUCAAUUUUGUCAACCCUCAAUAUGUCCUUGUUCGACAGCUUCAUGCCAAGGGACCUCGUGCCACUGCAAAUAUCGAGACCAUAAGUGAAAUGCUAAAUGCAGACCAGAAGAACUUCAGCGAAGAGCAUCUAGCAAGCGCCCUUCUCUUCAUGAUCUUGUCGCAAUAUUGGGAACAAUUCUCGCUAGAGACAUUCUUAAGUGCAUAUAACGACAAGCCAAUCAAUUGGCCCCUGGUGUUCCGCAACUUCGAUCGUGAGGGCCUCCGAGUGGAUCCGAAGCAAUUCACCAAAUUGUACAGCGUUCUUGCCGCCAUGUCGGUCGACGACUCGUCUUUGGAUGUUCAAAAGCUUUGGGGUGGAGACUGGGAGCAUCACGCCCCUGAUAUCGUCAAAUUGCAAGGCGAGCGUGCGGCAAAGUCACCUCUUCGGUCCAUGGACGCCAUGAAAGCAAUUUUCGACCUUGCCUUGUUCUCCCAGGCUUCAUGGGCUGCGACAGAAAGCCAGCUCCUUAUAAAAGCGGUUGUCCAAUUUGAUCUGCCAGUCUUCCUCUGUUCCGCUCUUGCUGUUCCGCAGCCGUGGUCCAGUGUCCAGCAGAGCUUUGUCCUCCGCACGUUCAUUGUUUUCAUUUCGAAGCAAGAGGAUGGAUAUCAGCUCGCUCUCCACGGUGCCUGGCGACAAGAUCGACAGUGGGUAUCAGAGCAGCUUUUUACCACUUUCACUCAAGAUCCCACGUCCACCGCUGUGAUCUAUGAGCAUGCCGCGGCAUACGGAUGGCUUGAUUAUCUCCUUGGGUUCACCAACGGUCUUGCCCUCGAUCUCGCCUGUUACUCCCACCGCAAAAGUCCCUUUGACCUUGAACAGUGGGUUCGGAAUGCCGCACAGAAAGGCGCCAUCGAUAUGGGUGGUCUCCUUUCCAAGUUCCUGCGAAUCAAAGCCGAGGACGAAUUGCACGUCCAACGGAAGGAGCAGUCUGCUCAUCAAAUGGUCAGCCUCGCAGUCAAAACUGUUUACACGCUUUUGUCUGUGUUGGAAGAAUACGUCGGGGACCGCGAAAAUCUCACACCUGUCCAGCGCAUUUGCAUUCAGACAUAUCCUCGCCUGAUUAACUACGGCGAAGGGUUCGAUGAUAUCAUCGACGCCAAUGGCGAGAACGGCAACACGUUGCCCGAUUCAAUCGACAAACAAAUGCAAGAGCUCUUUGGUAAAAUGUACCACGAGGAACUCUCGCUUCGUGAGAUGCUGGAGUUGAUGCGCAAAUACAAGUCUUCGCGUGACCCCACAGAACAAGAUCUGUUCGCCUGCAUGGUGCAUGGCCUGGUCGACGAAUAUCAUUGCUACCACGAGUACCCCCUUGAGGCUCUGACCAAGACUGCGGUCAUGUUUGGUGGCAUCAUCAACUUCCGUCUUGUUGACGGCAUCACGCUGAAGGUUGGUCUCGGUAUGAUCCUCGAGGCUGUCCGCGAACAUGAGCCCCACGACCCGAUGUACAAGUUCGGUGUGGAAGCAAUUGAGCAGUUGAUCAACCGUCUUCCCGAGUGGGCUGGUUUCUGCCACCUACUCUUCCAAAUUCCAUCUCUUCAAGGCACCCCCAUCUACCAAAAGGCAGAGGAGGUGCUCCGUGAGCAAGGAAACCAGAUUGGGGAAGCUGAGGCAGGACCCUUUGAUGGUCUUGCUUCUGUGCCCCUGACUAAUGGCAAUUCUGUCGACUCCCCUAUCGCUGAUGGCUCUGUGCGCAAGUUCCGUGCUGUUCAAGUCGACCCACCUCUUCGAUCUGAACUGUACGAAGAGCCUGAUGAAGACAUCCAAGACAAAAUUCUUUUCGUUCUUAACAAUGUUUCCGAGCAGAACAUUGAUGAGAAGCUUGAAGAUCUGCAAGAAGUGUUGCGCGACCAACACCAUCAGUGGUUCGCCGCAUACCUUGUGGAAGAACGUGCCAAGUUGCAGCCCAAUUUCCAACAGCUCUAUCUUGACCUUCUUGGGCGCAUUGGUGACAAGAUCCUCUGGGCCGAGGUCCUGCGAGAGACCUAUGUCAGUGUCGCUAAGUUGAUUAACUCAGAGAACACUUUAAGCUCGUCUACCGAUCGCGGCCACCUGAAGAACCUUGGUGCUUGGCUUGGUUCGCUGACUAUUGCCAAAGACAAACCCAUCAAGCACAAGAACAUCUACUUCAAAGGCCUGCUUCUCGAAGGCUACGACACCCAACGCCUAAUGGUUACGAUCCCCUUCACCUGCAAAGUCCUUGUGCAGGCUACAAAAUCCACAGUCUUCAAGCCACCCAACCCCUGGCUGAUGGAUAUUUUGGGCCUACUGUUGGAGCUUUAUCAUUUCGCCGAAUUGAAGCUCAAUCUCAAGUUCGAGAUUGAAGUCCUCUGCAAAGAUCUUGAUCUCGACCACAAGACAAUUGAACCUGCAGUCGUCAUUCGCGAUCGUGCUGCACACGCCGAGGAACCACUGCCCACUGUUAAUGCCCCAGAGGGUCUUGCUGAACCAUUUGAGGACUUGUCCCUCAGCGCUAUAAACCCAGCCAUCCGAAACGAGAGGCUGUCUCCGGCCGCCAUCAUGUCAACACUGCCCAGCCUCGACAAGAUCCUUGUGCUACCCUCAUCAGCGAGCAGCAUGGUCGAUCCCACCAUUCUCAAACAGAUUGUGCACACCGCAGUCGAGCGCGCCAUUGCCGAAAUCAUUACUCCUGUCGUUGAGCGUUCUGUCACCAUUGCGUCUAUCUCCACCGUACAACUUGUCUCCAAGGACUUUGCGAUGGAACCUGAUGAAGAACGUGUGCGCCAUGCCGCGGGCAUCAUGGUCCGACAACUUGCCGGUAGCCUGGCACUUGUUACCUGCAAAGAGCCUCUGAAGGUUAGCAUGACUAACUACAUCCGCAUGAUUCAGCAAGACUAUUCCGAGCAGCCUAUGCCCGAAGGCUUGAUUCUGAUGUGUGUGAACGAUAACCUCGAUGCUGCCUGUGGUAUUGUCGAGAAAGCCGCAGAGGAAAAGUCUCUGCCUGAGAUCGAGAAGGUGAUUGAGCCUCAAUUGGAGGCCCGUCGUCGCCACCAGGCUAGUCGCUCCAACGACCCCUUCAUUGAUCCUUCAAUGAACCGUUGGGGAUUGUUCAUUCCGGAGCCUUACCGUCAAGCGCCUGGCGGUCUCAACAAGGAGCAACUCGCCAUCUACGAAGAGUUUGCCCGUCAAUCCCGAGGCCCGGCGCCAUCCACUGAUGCAUCGGCUGGUCGUCAGCUCCCCGACGUCCUGGGAGAAUCUUACCCUGCUAUUCCGAACCUUUCCACCCCGGCUGAGCAGCCAGCCAUUCCUCACAGAACCCCCCAGCCGCAACCUGCUGUUUCUCAAAUGCCCCCCGUUCAGACCAACGGGUUCCUUGAUGCUCAAAGCCCCCGGGAACGGGUGGAAAGCCUCGUCUCCGAUCUCCAGCAGUCUGCUCGCAGCGCCCCUGAAGAGCACGUCAAGGACCUUGGCAGAGAUAGCGCAGUUCUCCAGGAAUACAACCAGGCAUUGCGCAGCAUCCUUGCCUCGACGAAUGGCGAGGAGCUGGCACGACUGACCUCUUUGAAGGUUUGCACCCUUUUGUAUUCCCAGCCACAUGGAUCUCUCGAGAUUGAAGUUCUCGUGCACCUUCUUGCCAAGCUGUGCGAUAUGUCCAGUCUCAUUGCUCGGUACACAUGGGCACUGCUCUCCGAAGUUGAUGAUGAGCACAUGUUCAAUGUUCCGGUCACCGUUGCUCUCAUUGACGCAGGCCUCCUGGACAUCCGUCGGGUCGACACGAACCUGACCCGACUCAUUCAAUCCAGGAAUGUGCCCGCUUUGGAGUUGCUCGGCAACUUGAUGGACCGCGUUCUCUUUAAUGAAGAGCCCUCGGCCCUUCGAUCAGACUUCUCUGGCAGUCUAGAUGCCAUGAGCCAAUGGCUCGCGGAGGACCCAACCGUUGCUCCCGGUCUCGAAAUUGUGCGCAAGCUCCGCGAGUCUGGCAUUCCCGAGGUCGUCAACUCUCUCCUGACUGACCAAGCCAGGUCCAAGCGUGACCAAAUGGAGUACAUCUUCAGCGAGUGGAUUGGUAUCUACAAGGCUCCCGGUGCAACUGACCGCACCUUCCACUCUUUCCUUCAGGAUCUCCACAACCGCCAAGUGAUGAACAGCCAAGAGGACUCCGCGCUGUUUUUCCGUCUCAGCAUCGACAUUUCCGUCGCUAUGUUUGAGCAUGAGUCUCAGAACCCCAACGGCGGCAGCCUUGAUGAGGCCUUCCUCUAUAUCGAUGCCCUCGCUAAGCUCGUGAUUCUUCUCAUCAGAUUCCAGGGUGAGGACUCUGGCGCCGUCAAAGCCAAUAAGGCUACGUACUUCAACUCCAUUCUGUCUCUCUUGGUCCUGGUCCUCAACCACCACCAGGUCAUGAGAGGAGAAGCUUUCAACCAGCGUGUGUUCUUCCGUCUCUUCUCCAGCAUUCUGUGCGAGUACUCUAUGAACGGUCUGCAGCACACUGAGCAGCACCAGGGAAUGAUCUUUGCCUUGGCCAACAAAUUCCUCUCCUUCCAGCCCCGUUACGUUCCCGGGUUCGUUUAUGGCUGGCUUUGCUUGGUAUCUCACCGGGUGUUCAUGUCUGACAUGCUCAACAUGCCCGAUCGUGCAGGAUGGGCGCCUUACUGUGAAAUCAUGCAAGCAUUGCUGUCCUAUAUGGGCGACCAACUUAAGGCUGCCAACAUUACAUACGUCGCCAAAGAUCUAUACAAGGGCGUUCUCCGUAUCUUGUUGAUUCUGCACCACGAUUUCCCCGAGUUCGUGGCUGAGAACCAUUUCCAGUUCUGCAACGUGAUCCCGGCUCAUUGCGCCCAGCUCCGCAAUCUUGUUCUCAGUGCCUACCCCUCGUCCUUCCAGAAACUUCCCGAUCCUUUCCGCGAAGGCUUGAAGGUCGAGCGUAUUGAGGAGAUGCGUGAAAUCCCGAAGAUUGCUGGUGAUAUUGUUGCUCCUUUGCAGGUUGCCAACAUCAAGGAAAUUGUUGACGGUGUGCUCCAGAAUGAAAGCAUCUCCGACUCUGCUGUUCAGCAGCUUUGCGACGCCAUUAUCAACCCCGAUUCUAAGGACACCGGCCUCUUCUUUGUCCCGGUCGACGUGGAUGUCGUUCUGGUUAACGCGCUUGUUUUGUACAUUGGCCAACAAGCUGCAGUGGAGCAUGCUUCCAAGGGCAACACCCGCAGCGCCUUUGAGAACUCGACUCACGCUGCUCUUCUGGAGAAGAUCGCCCAAGUUCUGCGACCUGAGAGCCGCUACUACUUGCUUAGUGCCAUGGCCAACCAGCUUCGUUACCCCAACAGCCACACCUACUUCUUCAGCUUCACGAUCCUCCGUCUGUUUGGCGUGGAGUACUCCGAUCAAGAUGACUCGGAUAUCCGCCAGCAAAUCAUUCGUGUGUUGUUAGAGCGGCUGAUUGUCCACCGCCCACAUCCCUGGGGUCUGAUCAUCACCCUGCAGGAGCUUCUCCAGAACCGGAGCUACUCAUUCUUCCGCCUCCCCUUCAUCCAGGCGGCACCUGAGAUUGGUCGUCUUUUCGACGCCCUUCUCCAACAUAUCCAACAACAGAGCCCUCGGCCCAUUGCCUAG